AUGGAGCAAGCAUUAUUCAACUUAAAUAUUUUGACUGAAUCAGAAAUACUUAUUCUUGAUACUCGUAAUACUGAAGUUAGUGAUGAAGAAGAUGGUUUUGAAAAAUAUGAUCAUGCAGAAGAUGGAGAUGCAGAAGAUUGUAUUGACGAAGAUGUUGUUGAAGAAAUAAAUGAAAAUGUGUACGAUUACUGUUCAUCUGAGGACGAUCCGCAAGCAACACCUAGUUUUGAAAAUCUCGAAUCAACAUCUUACUCAGGGCUUCGAUUAAUUCAAUCAAUUUCAAGAACAAAUGCACAUCAAUAUUUUUCAAUUAAUAUUCCUAAAAAAACAGAUGUUUUUGCACAAGCCACUGCAAGAUCAUAUUUACAAGAUAGACAGACUCAUUUAUCUUGUGAUCGUCUUCAACGUGUUCAAUUGAAAAAAGAUUAG